AUGCCUGCGACAUGUCGUAGAACGUUGAUAAAACGGCCCCCUGUAGUGGCAUUCAAAGAGAAAACUGCCGAGGAGCCAGCAAAGACUGAGAAAGCUCCCGCUGCUGCUGAUAAAGGUGCCAAGGGAGGUAAGGGUGGAAAAGGCGGGAAAGACAAGGGCAAAGACAAGGAUGGCAAGGGGUCACGACCUCCAUCACAGCAGUUUGACCUUGGAAAACCUCAUUGGUCCCUCAGAGUUGUCAGUGAUGCUAAUGCUGUGGAGGAAAUUGAGAUUAAGAAAGAUACAGAGAGAGCUGAUGAGAUUCGAGCCCUGAAGAAAGCUUGGGAAGAUGCUGAACCUGGUAGAGUUGCUAAGGCGAUGCAGUCACGGUUGAAGUACCUGUCUACACACACGAUCAAGUUGAAGGAUGAUGAAGAAGAGACAGAGAAGGUUGAGGGUGAGGGAGCUGACCAGCCUGGAUAUGUACCUCCUCAGACCCCAGGGUCCCUUCUUGGUGAUGAUGAUGGAAAUCUCACACUUGAGCCACCUCCACCUCCUACACCUAAAGAAAUGUUACAGCCAGUAGAUAUAACUCCAUUCCUAAGACAUACGACAGACACUCCACGAUACCUGGAUGAGGAGGAAAUGCAGCGUAGGUUCCAGGAGCAGCAGAAACAGAUCGCAGAGUACAAGGCAUUCCGACAACAGGUGGAGGAUUGGAGAAAGAAAGAUAAAGAAUUACGCAAUAUGACCAAGGAAAAACAAUUACAGGAAUGUGAAGAAUUACAGGCCAUGCUUGAUGCAGCUAGGGAAUCUAUAAACAAACCUAGAGAAGCAUUUAGACAGACGUAUCUGGAAGCUGAACGUAAGAAACUUGAAGAACUUGAAGCAAAAGAGGCAGCGCAGAAGGCGGAUGCAGAGGCCAAAUCCCCAAAGGGCAAGAAAGGCAGUGCUAAGGGCAAAAAGAGUCCCUCCGCUAAAAAGAAGAAAUAACCAAUAAACAUUUAGUUUACUUUUUAAUUAAAUUUGAUUCUAAUCUGUGAUAAAGUAUUAGAGUAAUAAGUGGAUUAUUUUAAAGCGAGUUGUGUAAAUAAUAAAUAUAUAUUUAUUGUUGAAAUUAUUUUUUAUUGUGUUGUUAGUGUUUAUCGAAAUAUGCAUGUUAAUUGUGUUUGGAAUAAUCAGUACUAUAUGCGAAUGUAGGCAUGUUGUUUUAGGAAAUUUCUGCAAGAGGAUAUGAAGAUGAGUGUAUAUUUAUACUGUGAUGCUGAAGUCUGUGAUAACAAAAUAUAUAUGUGUGACAUGAUGGGACUUUAAAAAAAAAUCACUGUUUAUUUGCUUAUGAUAUACUGAACGCACAAUUAUAUAUAAUGUCAGAAAAAUUACAAAGAGGUGACAUUGUGAUUUCAUUGUUAAUAUGUAUGUGUAUUACCUAUAAUUUUUUAAUUAGAUGGGCAUCUGACUGCCCAGUGUCAUGUGGCUUAGCUGCCUUGAAGAUAUUACUGAAUUAGAGGUAAAGGUCUCAAGAUCUAUGCCUCCGACAGGUUGUUUGAAAAUGACCCAUGAAAGUGUGACAGUCAGAAAUCAAACCUAGAAUUUGACUUAAAGAGCUUUUGCACUUGAAUGUAUUGUUGAUUUAAUGUUGUUUUUUUUGAGAAAUCAAACUCCGUCCUAAUAUUGCUUUAUGAACAAACCUAAACUGCUUCCGUCCUGGAUAGAAAAUGACAGUUGCUUUUCCUCUUUGUUCUCUUCUGUUUGAGGAAAGGAUGAAAAAAAAUAUUAUUUUCAUUUGGAGACAAAAGACAACUAAAAAGAUUGUCAGUUUCUUUCCUAUCUCACCUCAAGUGGCCCUAGAAAUGGUCCGUCCCAAAGUGUAACAUAUCAUUGGUGUUGUGCUGCAGCUCGAAUCUUUUCUGUGUUGUUGCUAUAUUGUUGAUUUUACUGAUAUACCUAUAAGAGUUGGCCUUUAUAUUAGAAUAUACUUUAAGUCUUUGGAUUUUGAUUCAGUCAUACUGUUCUAGAUGAAUGUAGGGAGCACAGUUGUAUAUUUAAACAGUGCAGUUAUUCUCUUGUUGUGCAUUUACAAGAAGACAGUUAAAAUAAGACAAUAUGUUCCAAACACCUGUUCAUUCUGUUUUCAUUAGAUUGCAGAUUUUGAUGUUGAUUUUUUAUGCUAUAAUAAAUGUAUAUUGAAAUGCAAAAUAAAAACACUGGAAUAUC